AUGGGUUUCAUGCUAGUGGUGGUUCAUCUGAUGGAUGUUUCUUUCCUUAUUGGAAAUACUCUAGAUCUGGCUGGUCGAGCUUUUGUUCAGAGUCGAGUUGGCGAUCUCUGUCUUCAUCUAUCAGCUGCUUUUAAAAUGACCAUUAGGUUCUGCCAAAAAUCUUCUCUGUUUGGUUUGGAUUAUUCCACACCCUUCGGUACUCCUUUAGGUACCACUAGAAUAAUCUUUUGGUAUGAAAUGAUGAUUAUGAAGUGGAAAUCUACUUCUCAUUCUACUGAUAUUUCUGCUUCUUUUGUUUUUUAUAAGUUACCUACUUUAUCAUUGUUUCUCUUUGUUACAACCCCGAAUUUAAAUACUACAACAGAAGUUUCUUGCCUUCAUAUUAAAUGGCUUCCGCUGUUUGUGAUUCUCAAGGUGGAUGGGGGCAUUUCUUGGUAUGCCAUUGUAAUGUAUUGUAGGGGUCCCUUGACCAGGAAAAUGUUUUACAUGUUUAGUGAUCCCAAUGAUUUGAAAUUUUGGAUGUACUCUUAUGAGCAUCUUUCAGAAAGUCAAGUUGGCUGCCUUCUAAAUAAAACUCUAAUAAGAAUACUAUCAUUGGAGGAUGUAAGCAGCGAUAUCUUUUUCACAAACUCACUUCUCUUUAAUGAUUUUCAGGUUGUUAUUGAGAAUCGGGCACUUUCUUGUCUGCUUAACUUGCUGACUCAAAAUUAUAAGAAAAGCAUCAAAAAGGAAGCUUGUUGGACCAUUUCAAACAUCACCGCCGGGAAUAAGGAUCAGAUUCAGGCUGUCAUUGAGGCUGGUAUUAUUUCACCUCUUGUCCAACUACUUCAAAAUGCGGAAUUUGAGAUAAAGAAAGAGGCUGCUUGGGCUAUUUCAAAUGCUACGUCUGGGGGAACUCACGAGCAAAUCAAGUUCUUGGUGCACGAGGGAUGCAUAAAGCCAUUGUGCGACCUUCUAGUUUGUCCUGAUCCAAGGAUUGUCACAGUCUGCUUGGAGGGUCUUGAGAACAUACUGAAGGUUGGAGAAGCUGAGAAGAACCAAGGAAACACCGAAGAUGUGAAUGUCUUUGCACAAAUGAUUGAUGAUGCAGAGGGUCUAGAGAAGAUUGAGAACCUCCAGAGUCAUGACAACAAUGAAAUAUACGAAAAGGCCGUGAAGAUACUCGAAACAUAUUGGUUGGAAGAAGAGGAUGAGCAGCUGCCCUCUGGUGAUACUACACAAUCUGGAUUCAACUUCGGAGGUGAACUUCCAGUUCCACCUGGGGGUUUCAAAUUCGGUUGAAGGAUGUUUCUUUCCUUAUUGGAAAUACUCUAGAUCUGGCUGGUCGAGCUUUUGUUCAGAGUCGAGUUGGCGAUCUGUCUGUAGUGUUUUCGUGUCGGGUCCAGAUGCAAAAUGAUUGAAGAGAUACAGUCUAAAGUAUGUUUGAUCCUCUAUGGUGGCCAAAUAAUGAAGUGGGUCGUGUCAUAGCAUCAACCAGGUUAGAUGGUAACACUUGUUCUUUAAAUGCAAGUGAAAACCACUUGAACGAUACUGAGUUCUUGUUUUUUCUACUUUUGGAUGUCUUCUUUAUUUAUUUUUCCUAUACGGAUAAAACUGUCAUCACAAACAUCAGUUAUACUUCGUGGAAAACAUUUCCGGUGUUAUGUUGGAGCAAAUAAAGGGAAAAGUGUCAUAUAUGUAACUAUUGUGAAUGUACUAGUCGGUUUUGUUCAUAAUUUGCAGUCUCAUUAAUUCAAUAAGCUUUCUCCGUGGAUUAGUUUUGGCAUAAAUGAGACUAUAGUUCUCAUGCAA